AUGAACAGUGGCUCCAAAUCCGAAGGCGCAAAUAGUCAUAGCACGGUCCCGGAACAAGGAGGUUCCAAUUCCACCCAUAACCAUCCAAAGGAUCUGAUGGAUCAUACGUCCGAACAGAACAAUAGUAGAACUCCACAACAACAGCUGCAUCAACACAGAACAUCACAGCUCCAACACAUUCAGCAGCAACAACAACUCCAACAUCAGCCACCACCGGGCCAACCACAACAACAACCACAACAACAACACCACCAUCAACCACAACAACAACAACAACAACAACUCCAUCACCAUCAACAACAACAACUCCAUCAUCAGCAGCACUCGCAGCAUCCACAUCUGGCACAUCAGGAUCACCCACCCAAUGGCCCAGAGUACGACAGCGCGCAGUAUCUCGACUCAAAUUGGGCAUCUAGUCUUUUGAUGGACCCCAACAAUGAAAUGUUCUAUGGGAUGGACUUUACGUCACCAAACAUGGGAAUUAAUACCGCACCUGCCAUCCAAAAUCAAGGACAAUACCAAUCACCUACAUCAGAAAACAUGCAUUUACCCCCACAACAACAACAACAAGGUCACCCAGGUCAACCACACGGAGAUAAUGAGGCAAAAGGGCCAACUUCGCAUCCACAACAAACUCCAUCUGCACUUUCACAAAGCCAAGGUACCCCUACAGAUAUCCAGAUGGUAUCAGACCUGAAUUAUACAUCUACAGGUUCUGUUGGGGCACAACAACGUGCUGCCAAACAUCGUAGACCUUGUGACCACUGUAGAAGACGUAAGACAAAAUGUGUAAUAAUACCAAACACAAAUAACUGUGCGCAGUGUGAAUCGAAGUCAUUGGUAUGUACCUAUAUCGAUCAACCAAUGCGCAGAACUCCAGGUUCCAAUCCAAAUUUCCAAGAGGAUUAUUAUAAUAAUAUCCAACCACAAAACAAAAGAGCUAAAACCUCAUCAACUAAUGAUGCUAUGAGUGGUAAUACGAAUGCAAAUUUGUCAAUACUUCAACGAGAGAAUCAUAUUUCGAAUGGAAUUGUUCCUCCAAAUGUCCAGAUAAGAGAUGUCCCGCCGGUUCAGGACUACUCCAUGGUAAACAACUCUUUACUUAAAAAGACAUUAUCUUUACAAUUCCCUAGGUCAAGUUUUUAUGUUGGACCAACGUCAUAUUUAUACGAUGUGAAUCUUCUUAAUUUAAUCAUAGAGUCACAAAAUUCACCCUCUAAGAAGGGAGCUAGUCAGAGUCAAGGUGCCAACAAAUCAACCAGUAUCAAUGGAAGGGCAAGUGCAUCACCCCUUGGCGGUAAGAUUGAACAAGUCAACUUGAGUGACUCUAUCUCGCUUCGUAAAGUCAGUGACAAAGUACAGUUUGUAUUGAAGGAUGAUCAAUCCCCUCAAUCGUAUCUGGCCAUGUCACAAGAUGUUGAUAAUAUUGAAAAAUUCAUUGCUCCUCAUGGUCAAAUUUUAAUUGAUUUAUACUUCCGAAUAAUUCAUCCAUCAUAUCCAAUUCUCCACAAAAAGGUAUUUUUGGAAAAAUACUCCAGAACACAUCGAGAAUUUAGUGCUCCUCUAUUGGCUGCUGUGUAUGUAUUGGCUAUUCAAUGGUGGGACUAUGAUCCUCAACUUAACAGAUAUCCCAAACCUAACUCAGAACUAAUCUUGAAGAUUGCUCUUAACAAUUAUUUAUUGGAGAUUCUUAAACGACCAAAAUUAAGUGCUGUUCAAGCAGGUUUGUUACUUCUUCAAUGUAAACAUAUCAUACAAGUAUCCAAUAUUAGUUCCAAUGGAAAUUCUAAUGGGGAACCAACUCCUAAUUCUAGUGGGGGAGAUACUGAUUAUAAUGACUGGGUGUUAUGCUCACAAGUUAUCUCAUUGGCAGAAGAAUUAGGUCUUGGACUUGACUGUCACGGGUGGAAAUUACCUAAAUGGGAACGUGGACUCCGGAAACGGUUAGCAUGGGCAGUUUAUAUGGAAGAUAAAUGGCUCUCUUUAAAAAAUGCAAGACCUUCGCAUAUUUCUGAAAACAAUUGGAUAGUACUCCCCUUGGCAGAUGAAGAUUUCCCAGAAAAGCAUGGUGAUGGAGAUUUGAAAGAAGGUUCAUCGGAUAUUGAUAAUGGGAAGAAGAUAUUCAGAAACUUGAUUGAUCUUUCAAUGAUCCUUUCUGACAUUGUAGAUCAAUUUUAUUCAAUGAAAGCUAUGAAUGAAAUCACCGAUAUGACCCAAGUUUUAAAACUUGCUAAACCCCUUCAAUUGAAAUUGCGGAACUGGUACCAUUCAUUACCUGUGGAAUUACAAAUGAGCUCUGUUCAAAGAAGAAAACUUUGUUCUAAUGGAUAUUUACAAUUGGCAUACUUUGCCACCGAGUUGACUUUACAUCGUAAAAUUAUCACCACAAUCUUCCAACAAUCACAUUCGAAUAACCCUCCUCAACCAGAAUUGGUAAAUGUUUGUCGUACUGCUGCCAAAACUAGAUUAUUGGCAUCGAUUGAAUUUGUAAGGGAUUUGAAGCCUGAACACAUUCAUUCAUUUUGGCACUCCUCUUCAUCUUCAAGUUUCACGUUGAUUGGAACAUUUGCUGCUGUUCUUUUUAUUUCCUCCACUACGAAGGAAGAAGAAGAUUUUUAUAAAGACCAAGUUUUCAAUUAUAGAUGGAUUUUAAAGAUAUCUUCAAAGGGAUUUGAUCAGGUUGGUGCAGCUCUCCUGAAAUUGGAUUUAGUGUUGAAUCAUAUACCAGGAUUGUUGAUUGACAAAGUUGGCGUGCCAAUGGUUGUACCGAACGUUCCGACCGUUGAUUACCAACGACAACUGCAACAACUGCCACCACAUCCGCAACAACUGCAACAACUGCAAGCCAGACCAAACAACCAAUUUACUCCACAAAGCCAAGGGAAACGAUUAAGCAAUAGUGACCUGACUAGUGGUAGCAAUGUCAAUAACAAUACUAACACUACGAAUAAUAACAAUCGCAGAAUCGGCAGACCUCCCCAAGGAGCUCGCCCAACACAACAACCACAACUGCAAUCACAACAAGGUGCUGGUCUGGCCUACAUCUCUUCUCCGCAACAAUUCAGUACCCCACCCUACUCUCAAGUCCAACCAAUGCCACAAACUAUGUCUCGUGGCGGACAAUUCAUUGUAAACUCCCCUCAAUCAUCUCAAGGGUUGUCGCCAAAGGAGGUUAUUAGGCAACAAAGACCAGUUGGUCCAAAUCCUGUAACGAAAGGUAACUCAACCCAGGAGGAUCAAGAAAGCAUUGGAACUUCUUUUGGUGACUCGAGAGGGAGCCCUCCAGGACCAUUCGUUGGACCAGCAUAUGCCCAUCAAAAUGAUGAUGAUAAUAGAUCAACAUUAUCUGAUAGGAACACUGAUAAAUAG